AUGAUCCAUUGCGGUGGGACAGUCCUUGAUGCUCCAGUCGCUAUUGAUAAGGAAAGAAAUGAGGUACCUAUGACACCUGAACGUGCCAUCAAGAAGAAAGAACUUAAUGAAUCGCCCGAUGGUGAAGUGAUAUGUGCAGUCGUUGUCAUGACAGCUCAAGAGGGAAUAGCAUGUGUCUCACCGGAACAGUCAAAGAAAGUUGUUUUUCUUUUUUCAAAAGACCGUGCCAUUGUUCAGCAAUUUUUCGAAGAUUUGGUAGACAAAUGUCGCGAACGUGGAUUGCAAGUGGCUUCCGAACCUCUUCGGGUGUACCACAACAUUGCUAUUGAUGAUUUUGAGAAGUGCAUCAAGGGCGUAACUACACACUUUUCCAAGCUACAACCUGAUGAUGGUGAUCGUAACAUGGAAAAAAUCCUUCUUGUGAUCGUUAUAAACGAUCGUACUUACUUCGGAAAUAAAUAUGCGAGUGGUCUGAGUUCUUACGGAUUUAUUAAAUCAAUCUGUGACAACAAUUAUGGUAUUGCUAGCCAAGUUGUUGACGCUUCCACUGUUAUUAAGGCGACAUCGGCACCAACGAAGUACGACGACUAGACAGUUUACUACAAUAUUGCGUUGAAGAUUAAUGCGAAGUUAGGUGGGAUUAACCAGGCAGUCAUUUUCGACGACGAUUCGAGAUCCGCUGAAUUUCCAGAAAAGGAUGCCGUCAUGUACGUAGGAAUCGAUGUUACGCAUCCAACCAACAAGGAGGAUUAUGACAUCUCUAUCGCUUGCAUGGUUGCCAAUAUUGACUUGGCUGCUACGCGGAAAGACUCACAGUGCAGAUUCAGUGUUGGCAGCGUCCGUGAGCCUAAUUUAGAGUGGAGCGAUAUUGCAGUUAUUCCUUGA